GCCCAGAGCCAAAAUAAUGAAUCAAUCCUCAAGAUGGCGACCAGUUCUGAACGCACACCUCCGCCUUUUCCUGAAUCAGAGGACAUGGAUUUAGAUACAGAAAUGGGAGACGCAGAGAGCAACGAAAACGAAUGUGUUGUGGCAAAUGAGGAUGUGAUUGGGGCAGAGGCAGAGGCCAACAAUGCUCCAGAUGACAUAUUUUCUGAAUUACCAACUGACAGUUUCAUUAAUCCUAUAACUGAUUCCAUAAUCAAGUCAGACAUGGAUGCAAUUGACAAGCAAGAUGAACAACUUGUUGACAUCGAACCAAAGGAAGAACCAAACAAGGCACCUGAUAGCAUUUUGUGGACAGCACAGAGUACGACUGUGAGCAAACCAGAAGACGAUGUCAGAUCUCCCCUUGUUGUCCAGAGUGAAUCUGUCAUGCAUAGGUUAUCUGCUAAUGACCUCAUCAAUGAAUUUUCUUCUGAUUCACCUGGUAAAAUAUUAGAUGAAUGUGAACUUGAGACAGACAGUAGUCCAACUAAUGACCUGUCUCAAGAGACAGAGACCAAACCAACUGGUGAACCUGUCAGUGAAAGCCAAGACAUACCAGCAGUAGAUGUCCUCCUUGAUCAAGCGAGUGCUAAUUCUGACUGCCCUGGUAAGAUAUUGGAUGAAUGUGAACUUGAGACAGACAAUGGUCCAACUAAUGACCUGUUUCAAGAGACAGAGGCCAAACCAACUGGUGAACCUGUCAGUGAAAGCCAAGACAUACCAGCAGUAGAUGUCCUCCUUGAGGAAGGGAAUUCUGAGUCUGACUGCCCUGGUAAGAUAUUGGAUGAAUGUGAACUCGAGACAGACAAUGGUCCAACUAAUGACCUGUCUCAAGAGACAGAGGCCAAACCAACUGGUGAACCUGUCAGUGAAAGCCAAGACAUACCAGCAGUAGAUGUCCUCCUUGAGGAAGGGAAUUCUGAGUCUGACUGCCCUGGUAAGAUAUUGGAUGAAUGUGAACUCGAGACAGACAAUGGUCCAACUAAUGACCUGUCUCAAGAGACAGAGGCCAAACCAACUGGUGAACCUGUCAGUGAAAGCCAAGACAUACCAGCAGUAGAUGUCCUCCUUGAUCAAGCGAGUGCUAAUUCUGACUGCCCUGGUAAAAUAUUAGAUGAAUGUGAACUUAAGAUAGACAGUAGUCCAACUAAUGACCUGUCUCAAGAGACAGAGACCAAACCAACUGGUGAACCUGUCAGUGAAAGCCAAGACAUACCAGCAGUAGAUGUCCUCCUUGAUCAAGCGAGUGCUAAUUCUGACUGCCCUGGUAAAAUAUUGGAUGAAUGUGAACUUGAGACAGACAAUGGUCCAACUAAUGACCUGUUUCAAGAGACAGAGGCCAAACCAACUGGUGAACCUGUCAGUGAAAGCCAAGACAUACCAGUGGUAGAUGUCCUCCUUGAGGAAGGGAAUUCUGAGUCUGACUGCCCUGGUAAGAUAUUGGAUGAAUGUGAACCAAUGGUAGAUGUCCUCCUUGAUCAAGGGAGUGCUGUUGGUGAAAACUCAGCUGUGUGUCUCAAUGAACCACUGACAGAUAUCAGAGAAACACCUCCUUGUGACAACUUUUUAGAGUUGUUAAGUGAACCUGCCAGUAAACAACAGAGAGACCUCUUCAGUGACCCUGAUGAUCUUUUUAGUGAGUUGCUCAAUGGUAAAAAUGAGCCGAAGAGCUCUGACUCAACGGAUAUCUGCCGAGAAGCUAAAAACACCCUGAUCACUGGACCCCUGGGUGAUGAUGUGGACAAUCCUCCAUCUGAAAUUUUAUCUGAGGAUUGUGUGAUGAAAGUUACAAGCCCAAACUCGGACUCUUCUUCUGACAGUCGUACCAGAGAUGAGGAGCAAGAUAUAUUUGCAGAGGCCACUGUUGAAUUAUCACUGGACAGUCCGGCAAUUGAAAGAAAGAGAACUGAGCCGUCCAGGCUCUUACCAGCUGCUUCUUCCACCUCUACUUCCUCAAGCAUGUCCGAACAACGGCAAAAAAUACUGGAAGAGUGUGUGCAUUCUCUUCAGCAGGUUGAAGAAGAAGACAAGUUUGAGCUUAAUAUCUCUGUGACUAACCCCGAGAAAGUUGGCGAUGGAAUCAACGCCUAUUUGGCCUACAGAGUAUCCACACAGACUACACUACCAAUGUUUAAGAGCAAGACCUUUGUAGUAAGAAGGCGUUUCAGUGAUUUCCUUGGGCUGUAUGAGAAACUCUCAGAGAAACUCUCACAGAACGGUUACAUCGUCCCUCCACCACCAGAAAAAAGCAUUUUGGGGAUGACAAAACUGAAAGUAGGGAAAGAGGACCCCUCAUCUGCAGAGUUUGUUGAGAAGAGGAGAGCUGCUCUGGAGAGGUUUCUCCAAAGGGUUUUGUGUCAUCCAUCACUGUUGCAGGACCCUGAUGUAAGAGAAUUUCUUGAGAAAGAGGAGUUACCCAGGGCAGUUAACACACAUGCAUUCAGCGGCGCCGGCUUCUUAAAGAUCAUCAACAGGGCCACAGAUGCGGUCACCAAAAUGACCAUAAAGAUGAACGAAUCAGAUAUAUGGUUUGAAGAAAAACUUCAGGAAGUGGAGGGUGAGGACCAGCAGCUAAGGAAACUUCAUGUCUUGGUGGAGUCGCUUGCCAAUCAUAGAAAGGACCUGUCAGCCAAUACAGCGAUGUUUGCCAAAAGUAUUGGGAUGCUGGGCAGCUCCGAGGACAAUACAGCUCUCUCACGUGCUCUCUGUCAGCUGGCGGAAGUGGAAGACAAGAUUGAACAGUUGCACCAGGAGCAGGCUGGAAAUGAUUUCUUCAUUUUUGCUGAGUUGCUGGCUGAUUACAUUCGUCUUCUGGGAGCAGUUAGGGGGUGUUUUGACCAGCGCAUGAAGACGUGGCAGCGCUGGCAGGAUGCUCAGAACAUGCUUCAGAAGAAACGUGAAGCUGAGGCCAAGCUGUUAUGGGCCAACAAGCCAGAGAAACUACAGUUAGCUAAGGAUGAAAUUACUGAGUGGGAGGCAAGGGUGACUCAGUAUGAGAGAGACUUUGAAAGGAUUUCAGCAACUGUUCGAAAAGAAGUCAUUUGGUUUGAGAGGGAAAAGGCCAAGGACUUUAAGAAACAGAUGCUAAAAUACCUGCAGGUCUUACUACAUUCACAACAACAGCUGACAAAAUACUGGGAGUCAUUCCUACCAGAAGCAAAGGCCAUUGCUUGAUGGUGCAUGUACGUUGGAGGAGAAGAGGUUCUUUUACAAUUGUUUACGUUUUGUCUAAAAGCAGAACACAAUAGAAAUGAACACAAACAACCAGAGAUGUCUAGCACACAUGGCUGAAAAUGCUCAGCACUGAAUUGAUUGUUUUGUUUUUAAUGUUUUAGAUGACAAAAUUUGAUAUUUUUGGUCAAAAUGAGAGAUGGAAUCUAGAGAAAACAUAUUUGUCUCCCUGGCGCAAUGACUUUUCUUAUGGCAAACAGGUAAGGGGAAAAAAGGCGAGUACAUUGCGUAGAAAAAUAAAACCAGCCAACUAGGAGGAUUCAGGGGCAUGUUCUUCUGGGUGAACAUUUUUAAAUAUAUUUGCUUUGCAAGCUCAUUUUUAGUUAUUCUAGAUAACGAAGAACUGUUUAAAAACACAUACUGUAAAAGGGAUCAAUAGGGGCCCAGAGCUGGAUUACUUGGGAGUACCAGGGCCCAGUUGUUUAAUCUGGAUAAAAAUUAUCCGGAUUUGAAAACUCUAUGUUUUACUAUUCAGGAUCAGGUAAUCUAUUUUUCUUUUACCUCAGCUAUAUUGGAUUGGAUCACCCUGAUCCAGAUAUGAACUUUCUGGAUUACGACAUCCACAUUAUCGGUGCCACUAAUUAGGACUAUGUAUCACAAUUUAGCCAGUGGCUAUGUAAGCAACAAUAGUUAGACUAGGUGGCAAGGGGUUGCUUUAAGUGUUGUAUCUAAAGAUACAGAAGAUGGCACAAUAAAACGUUAUAAACA